AUGGCCUUAUUUUUUAACAAGCUAGCUUCUCUGGUGCCUGGUCUCCAUGCUGUCGACGUUGACGUCCCUCUCGAGAUUUUGCGCAAGGAUAAGCACAAGCUUGAACAGAAGCUUCAGAUUCGGAGGCGUGGGAUGAUUUUGUUAACAAUGAUCGCUGCUGGGUUAGCUGAGAUAACAAAGCAGAUUCAAGCUAUCAAUGAGGUGUAUAAGCUUCACAAUCUUCCUGAAUUUUACAGGGAUCCAGGUCCUCAUAACUCGGAAAAACAGAGGCCUAAAGUCCAUCCCUUGGUUACGUCACAACUCAGGGGAGGAUGUAUGUAUGGCAAAGAGGUAGUGGUAAAGAGGGCAACUAUUGACGGCAAUGCACUUCUUCUAAUCAAAGGGAUCGAUCCGAGGGUCAUGUUCGCUUGCCAUCGCCAUUCCAGUGCAAAGGCAUGUAGGGCACAUUACCUGCCAAAUCACACACACAGUGUUAAAUAUAGUUGA